AUGUUCUCCUUCAUGAAGAUCGCUACCUUCGCUGCCCUCGCGUUUGGCACCCUCGCGUCGGCCAUUCCCGCUCCUGCGCCUCUCCCCGUCGCUGAAGCUGGCGCUCUCAUGGCUCGCGACGCCGCAGCGAACCAGGACGUCACCACGAUCCUCACCAACCUGAACAACGAUCUUCAAGCUCCCACCGGCCAGCUCAAUGGCCUCACGGCGGACACUGCCACACCUGACAAGGUCAACGAGAUCGUGGUCAGCAUCAAGGUACUCAUCGAGGCCGCCACCGCAGCGUGCGGAAAGGCUUCUGGUGUCGGCUCCGGCAACAUCCUCGUCCUCAUCUCCAUCACGAUCAACUUGGUCAUCUCGGCUUGCAACCACUGCUACAGCGUCUGCACGGACAAAGUGACCAUCCUUGUCAUCCUCCAGCUCCUCGAUGUUGUUCUCGCUGCGCUCUUGACCAUCGUCUUCAAGCUCGUCGGCGGCCUCCUCACCAUUGUCAUCGGUCUCCUUGUUGCCCUCCUCGGUGGCCUCGUCCAGAUCAUCCUUGGACUCAAGUUCACCGCUUGCGCGAAGGUCUUGCUCCUGCUCUGA